UUUAAGAAGGAAAAAACAUUCCUUUAUAUUUGUUGAACUCUAUCCCUAAGCCGUGGUGGGUUCUUCUAUCUUUCCCAAUGCUUCUGUAUGCAACCUCUUCAUUACUUUGUGUUUGUUUAGUUGUUCCAAUUGGGUGUUGAUGGGUGUAUCUUCAUGUCGCUAAUAUGCUUUUAUGGUGUGGUUUGCUCCGCCGCAAAGUCCAUUCCCAACGCCAAUGCUUUUUCAGGUUCCAUUCUUCAGUUUCUUCUGCGCUGAUGUUGGAAGACCACGUGUUUGAUGAAAGUCCAAAAUCCUAUGCCAAUUUUUUUAUUAAUAUGCCUGCACCCCAUGUUCCUACAACAAGGAGGGAGUUGUUUCCUUUAGUGGCUAGGGUGUUCAAAUCACUGAGUUGGACUGUAGCAAGUGAAAUAAGGUUUGGGAGUUGGGUUGAGAGUCAUGGGUUUUCUCAUUCAGUCAAUUGCUUUAGGAUUAUUAUUCAUGUGUUUGCUUUGGCGGGGAUGCGUUUGGAAGUGUUUGCUUUGCUUAGAGAUGUUGUUGGGUUCUGUAGUGAGGCCAAGUAUGAUACCUUUGAAUUGUUUUCAACUUUGCUGGAUUCACCUCACCACGUGGAAAGAUCCGCUGUUGUGUUUGAUGUGCUCAUAAAAGUGUUUGCAUCCAACUCUAUGCUGGAAAACGCUCUUGAUGUGUUUGUGAAUGCUAAGCAUGUUGGACUUGAGCCUGAUAUAAGGGUUUGCAAUUUCUUGUUGAAAUGCUUGGUUGAAGCGAAUAGACUGGAGUUUGUUGGAUGGUUUUUUGAGAAAUUGACGGCCUUUGGUCCGUUGCCAAAUAUCUACACCUAUACAAUCAUGAUGAAUUUUUAUUAUAAUGAUGUUGGGUGUGAUGCAGGUAUGAGACGGGCUGCUGUGAUGCUAGGAAAGAUAUAUCUCAGUGGGGAAAAGCCGACUGUUGUUACGUAUAGUACUUAUAUUCACGGACUUUGUAAAGUUGGUUGUGUUGAGGCUGCUCUGAUGUUAAUUCGCAACUUGCACUAUGAAAACCAGCCUCUCAAUAGUCAUUCUUUUAAUGCUGUAAUUUAUGGGUAUUGUAAAAGAGGUGAAGUGUGUGAAGCUUUGCAAGUUUUGGAUGAAAUGAAGAGCUCUGGGAUAUUGCCAGAUGUUUAUAGCUACAGCAUCUUAAUUAAUGCAUUCUGCAUGAAAGGGGAUGUAGUAAAAUGUCUUGAUUUGAUGGAGGAAAUGGAACUCUCCCAGAUAAAACCAUCCAUUGUUAGCUACACCUCCCUCAUCCAUGGUCUGUGCAAAAAGAAUCUGAUGCAAAAUGCAGUGGAUAUAUUCCAUAGUAUUGAUGCUUCUAGUUGCAAGUAUGAUCAGACUGUUUAUGAAACUUUAAUUGAUGGAUUUUGCAUACAAGGUGAUGUGGAUUCAGCCAUCAAGCUUUUGAAGGAGAUGAUCAGCAAUAAUUUGGUUCCUACUGCUUUUAGUUGCCGCAGUCUAAUUAGGGGAUUCUGCAAACUGGGUCUGUUCCAUCAGGCAUUGGAAGUUUUUAAUACCAUGCUUCAAGAUGGUAUUUGGCCAGAUACUAUCACCUGCAAUUAUAUUCUUGAUGGAUCUUGCAGGGAAGGGCACUUCAAAGAAGCCUUGACACUGUUGGAGGACUUCCAAGAACAUGGAUUUAACCUCAACCCUCAUUCAUAUAAUGCAAUCAUCUACAAACUUUGUAAAGAAAGUUAUCCAGAAAGAGCAUUGGAGCUCCUGCCAAGAAUGCUUAAAAGGAAUGUAAUUCCUGCAGUUGUUAAUUAUAGUACUCUCAUAUCUGGCUUUGCCAAACAGUCGAAUUUUAAAAAGGCUGUGAUCUUAUUCACAAAAAUGGUAAAAGAUGGGAUCAGUUUCAACGCUGCCACAUAUACAAUUCUUAUUAGCAUAUUUAGCCGUAAUCGCAAAAUGCAUGAAGCAUAUGGCAUUUUUAAGGAAAUGAGAGAAAGGGGAUUGCGUCCAGAUCAGAUUUCAUAUACAACUUUAAUAGCUGGAUUUUGUAAUAACAGAGAAAUGAAGAAAGCCUGGGCAUUAUUUGAAGAAAUGUCGAGGGAAGGCUGUUUGCCAAAUGUAAUUACUUAUACUUGUUUGAUUGAUGGAUUCUGCAAAUCAAACCGGAUAGAUUUGGCCACCUGGCUGUUUGAUAAAAUGAACAGAGAUUCAGUUAUUCCUGAUGUUGUAACUUACACUGUCCUCAUUGCUUGGUACCAUAAGCAUGGGUACAUAGAUCAGGCAUAUAAGCUAUAUGAUGAAAUGAAGGCAAAGGGAGUUUUGCCAGAUGAUAUAACUCAUAUGGUUCUAGGUCUAAAAGCUGGUGCAAUUCAAGAAGGCUAGGCAGCUGUAUCAAAGCUUCCUUGAUAUCCAGCUGGUCAAGAAGAUGAAUUUACUUUUUAGGAAAAUGCUGAAUCAUCAUGCUGAAGUGGGUGAAUUGAAGUUGUAAACUAUAAUCGCCACAAAAAUGGAGUGCAGCUUGCAGUCAGUGCUAUAUAUAUGGUUGAGUAAACCUUUAUGCAACACUUUACACAUGCAUGAUUACAGACAUUAUCUGCAUCUGGGUUCUUAGCCUAGUACUUGAGGAACAGGCUGUGCCUUGAUGUCCAUAAGGAAGAUGUGUUCACUGUUCAGCAUUUAAAGAUGGGUAUUGAAGUAAUAAUUAUAUUAUACUUCUAUUGGAAGGAAAGCAAGCUUCAUCUCUCACUUGAGGAGAUCUCAUCUUUCAGCAUGCAUCACCACAGUGUUGGGACCAGAAUACUUGGUAUCUAUUUUUUUAACCUGUACCAUAUCUUAGUCACUGAAAUGUAAUGUUGCUACACCAUGAAAACCUGUUCGUUGGACUAAAAGUUAGUCACCAAUUGAUUUGGCUUCUGUCUGCUUUAAAAUGAAAUAGUGAAGGUUUAAGAUGAGAUAAUACAGCAGGAAAGAGGAUGAUGAAUACUAGACAGAACUGAAAAUUUCCAUUCUCUACUUCAAGAUGUCAUUGGAGAUUGGACAUUUGAACUGAUUUGGUCCCACUCCUGCUUGCAUUGACUUCAUCCCGAUGACAAGCAUUGCGGGAACUAUUUCUCUGGUGCAGAUGGAAAAGUGCAGAUGGAUGUUGGAGAAAAAAUCAAGGCAGAUGUGGUAGGGAGAAGCAGAUAUUUUCUGAAUCCGAUGUCAUUGUUCUCCAGAAGUACUAUUUGUAAUAUUUUUCCCCUUUUCUUCGGCAUAAGCAUUUUUGUUGAAUGAAAUAUGUUCAGAGGCGUAUGAAUAGGGGACUAUCCCAGUACCUGUAUAUUAUUUUUUCCAAAGGUACUGGAACAGAUGAUUUAUCAAUAAUUUACUGUCUGUUAAUUGUAUCUAAUGAUUUUUUAAAUGUUUAUAGUGAAAUUAACAGCUAUUGUAAUAAUUAAUUUACAACUUACUUUGAUUAUGAUCUUGCUGUCCCUCAAGUGUGAAUGAACGUUCCCUAUAAAUAGGAGGAGGCAGAAUUACCUUUGUCCUUAUAUACCCU